AUGUCUGAAAAAAGUGAAAACUCUAACAAUACACUUAGACUGCCACCGAUUAAUAUACCUACAUUUGAAGGGGAUUUCAAUGAUUGGUAUCCAUUUAAGGACCAAUUCAUCUCCAUCAUCCAUUCUAACACCUCUAUCGACAACACACGUAAGAUGUACUACCUCAAGUCGAGCUUGAAAGGUGCAGCAGCUCAAAUCAUCGAAUCAAUGCCAACUAUUGGGGACAAUUACCUAGAAGCGUGGGCACUCUUACUAAAUAGGUACGACAACGAACGCCUAAUUGUACAGAGCCAUGUUCAACAACUACUGACACAAACCGUUCAUCAAACGGAAACCGCCGUGGGCCUAAAGUCAUUACUUGACAGCACAAACAAACAUUUAAGAGCACUAUCAGUACUACAACAACCAGUAGACAAGUGGGAUGCUAUCAUUAUCGGCAUCGUUGCGACACGUUUGCCUACAGAAGUGAGAAGAUGUUGGGAAAUCGAGUCUGCGUCUUAUCCUGAAAUACCUACAUGGACAAAACUUAAGAGAUUUAUUGAGAAUCGAUUACAAGCCUUGAAUAUGUUACAAUACAAACCUAGCACUGUAAGUAAUGUUAUCAAUGCUGGUAAGACAAAACAGUUCGUUAGAACUACAGCGCAUUUGGCUACUGAUAGUCAAACCAUCAAUCAGUGUUCAAUAUGUACACAGAAUCACAUCAUUUACAAGUGCAAUACGUUCAUGAAGUCGAAACCCAGUGAAAGAUUGAAUUUAGCAAAAAAGGCAAAAAUAUGUUUUAAUUGUUUGCGCACAACACAUGGUGCGAAUCAGUGCACAAAUGAAAAGACUUGUAAAAACUGUGGUUUAAAACACCAUACACUAUUACAUUUGGACAUAAAAAAGGUCAAUACACCAGAGGGUGAAAAUACUACAAGUGAACAGGAAAAGGAGCAUGGAUUUCAAAGUACAACAUCUCAUCUAGGAGCGGCAUACCCUACCACGUCUCAGAACAUCAUAUUAUCAACAGUAUUAGUACAUGUAUUAACAGAACAAAAACACGUUAUGAUUGUCAACGGUAUCUCUUCAGCAGAGACGACUGUUACCGAGAUGGCCGAGUGCACAGUGACGUCACGCUUAAACCACAAGCAGUAUCAAAUCACUGGCUUGGUAACACCAAGUAUUACUGUUAAAUUACCUGUCAACAAACUGGACACAUCAAACUGGCAUCAUUUACAAGGCAUACAAUUGGCUGACCCUACAUUCCAUUUACCAGGAAAAAUUGACAUGCUCAUAGGAGCUGAAUUCUUUUAUGACAUUCUUCAAGAUGGCAAACAUGUUGGACCAAAGGGUACUCCUAUAUUACAGAAUUCAAGGUUUGGUUGGAUCGUGGCAGGUUGCAGUAACAACAUAAUAAAAGAUGAUCUCGCACAUAUUACUACAAAUGUUAUUACAUGUUGUGCCACGUAUCAGCAACUUGAGAAACAAAUUGAAAAUUUCUGGAAUAUAGAAGAAGUGCCCAGAGUGACAAUUAUGUCAAAGGAAGAUCAAAUCUGUGAAGACCACUUUAUUAAAACAUUUAAACGCAACGAAAAUGGACGUUAUGUUGUUCGAUUGCCGUUUAAGGAAACUCCACAUUCUAUGAACAGUUCAUAUGACAUUGCUGUACGAAGACUAGCUCAGGUGGAGAGGUCUCUCAUUCGAAAUCCGUCGGUGUACAACCAGUAUCGUGAGUUCAUGAUUGACUAUCUUCGACAAAAUCACAUGGAACCUGUGCAACCCACUGAAGACAGUCCGGUCAUCUUUCUACCUCAUCAUCAUGUUUCACGUCCCUCAAGCGUCACUACCAAAUUGAGAGUUGUAUUCGAUGGAUCUGCUCUCAUCUAUAAUGGAAAAUCAUUAAAUGACAUGUUACAUCGAGGUCCUAAGCUACAAAGAGACAUUGUAAGAAUUAUCACUAGAUUUCGAAUGCACAGAUAUGUUUACACUGCUGACAUACGUCAGAUGUUUCGACAAAUAAAUAUACACUCCGAUGAUCAGUGUUAUCAAGGCAUUGUGUGGCGAAAUCACCCAUCAGAACCAAUAGAACAGUUCAAAUUGAAAACUGUCACCUAUGGUUUAAUAACUUCUCCGUAUCAUGCUCUCCGUACACUAGCUCAACUAGCUGUUGAUGAACAAGUGAAUUAUCCAGAAGGAUCCACAAUACUUAAGAAUGACUUCUACGUUGAUGAAGUCAUGUCAGGAUGUAACGACAUCAAUGAUGCUAAAGCCCAAAUACAGCAGUUGAUUGACCUUCUUCACCAAGGUGGAUUUGAUUUGAGAAAGUGGGCCAGCAAUACACUAACCCUUUUAGAAAAUAUUCCAGCUGAACACCAAACGUUGCAGAUCUCAAUGCCCGAGCAAAACAGUGUGUCUGUGUUGGGAGUUUCAUGGAACACUACAAGAGGUACCUUUUCAUUAAAAAGUAAAACCUCUACCAUCUUUGGAACGCAUCACUAA